UGAGUUUUUUUUUUUUUUUUUUUUCUUGAUAGCUUCUUCAUAACUCCUUCCAUUUUAGCACGUUUGAAUACCUACCCAGCUUUUGACCCUCUUUAACGUUAAUUCAAUCUCCGAGAAUGUCCCCCAAUUAGAUAUUUAACCCGAUUAUUAUAUUCUACUUUUAUCAUUUUUUCUAACUGUAUCAGUUCUCCCUUUAGUGGUUUUCUCCAUUACAUUUAUUUAUCUCCAUUUGUUCUUCGUGUCUUUUCAUUCAUAGCUAUCGGCGUGUUGGAAUUAUUAUUUUAUUCUUCUUCUGAUUCUGAAAUGGAUGUUCUAUUCCAUGCGGUUGUGUGUAUUUUGAAUAAUAAUAAUAAUAAUAAUAAUAAUAAUAAUAAUAAUAAUAAUAAUAAUAAUAAUAGUUUUGCUUCACUAUGUGUCCAGAACAACGCCCUCAUAAAUCAUUCAUGAACGCCAUCUCGUGACACGCGACAAGACAGAAUUCGUGCGCGCAGUAGUUCGCUAGUCGUUACUCACAGACUUAGCGAAGCAAAAAAGUAUUGGGACAGAUGCGCAAAAACCAAACGUUGAUUGAUCUGUUAAUUGCGGGCAGGGCGACCAUUGUCAUAGUCGCAAAAACUCCCUGUGCCUCGAUCGAGAACGAACCGGAAUACUGUAUUCAGUCGCUAGAAGAAGUUUGUUGCGGUGACAGCCAAUUCUGUCUUCUUGUGUGUUCUGAGGUCAGAAUUCUGUUCUCGGAUAGCCGAGAUUUCCAGUCUAAAUUCAGUCUUUAUUCCAAGUCAUCUACAUCAAGGCGACAUUGAGUCUUAGGAAAAUGUCCAGACUUCCCCUGAUAUGGUCCAUAUGGAUCUUCACAUCUGCCUCAGUGACUCUGGCCGUCUACAUGGAACCACCAAACAUCAAAUACUUCCCCAACGCCCUCGGGAACAUGAUAUCAGUCACUGGAAUGAAGAUGGCCCCUAGUCACGUUUUUCAGACGCUUCCAAUUUCGUCUGCGUGUGAGUUCCUGUCAUUUUUCAAUAAUGUGACGUCUCUAUUCAUGCGAUUUCUGGUGUUGGUAAAAGUUCAGAACUCCAAUUUUUUUUCUCUCUCUCGCCCUCUCUCUCUCUUUUCAGGUCCCUGCCGGCUUACUUGCUUGUCCCUCCCUACCUGCACUGCCUGCGCCCUCGUAUCGAACCCAGGGAGUAGCCCGGUGUGUCAGAUCUCGAAGAUUGACCUACUAACGCUGACGUUUGAAAAUAGCACAGAUGCCAUUUACAGCUACAAAGAAACUGCCAUGAAGGGACUAGUGAGCAAACUCAUGCCUGAUGGAAACCUUUACUUCGUCAUAAACUAUUGGACAACAUUCCCUCAACAGCAGUAUUGGUGCAGCCGAUAUCCAGGUUUCCGUCUUGGGAUUUUCAAGAACAGGACAGAGUUCUUGGCGUUGAUUGAACUCUCGAUGUUGACUGGGAACACCUUGGGUGUGGACCUGAAUGAUAGCACAGGGGCUCGCGUUUGGGGAGAUGGAACACCUUUUAACUCCACUUCGCUAGGAGUAGCACAGAGCGUUGGACUAACAAUGGGGGGAGCCCUCAAUGAUGGCAAUAAUUAUUACGCACUGUCGACGAAUAAGCAAUUUUUCGACCAACCAGGUCAUAAUGCUGCUUACCCUCUCUGCCAAGCUAACCAUGUCACUGUGUAACCAGCAUCUGCAAAACACACUACAGAUUCCUGCAGUCAGUCAAGAGUGUAUUUAGCAUUCUGAGUGCCUGUCCCUGCUACAGAGCAUUUGUUUUAUGCACUAUACGUAAACCCUCUUUAGUAAUCGGUUUGUGUUUUCAGAAAGCUACGCACUGACUUGAACUAUUUAUAUCCUGCUCUAUAUGUGUUCAGCAAGUCGAAAGGCUUCGUUAUCGUGAACUAGCAACCUACCAUUAGGAAACAGGAUGCACCGCUGACUGCUAGGUUGCCAAGUCCAGAUAAUGAAGCUCACAGACUUCUGUUAUAGCUUAUGCAUUGAUUUCCGCUUGGUCAGUAGCUUCUGCAGCUCUUGAUGGCCUAUAUCUGUACCUAAAUUUGACUGUUUCACUUGAAGUUAAUUUUAGCCUAUAUAUCAUAUGUGACCCCUAAAACCUAUAUCUCCAGGAAAUAGAAAUGAUUGAACUAUUGCAGCUCUGCUGUGUGAAACCAGCUGGUCCUAAAAGGUUUUCAGAUCCAUACAGAACUAGGAUAUGAUGGACAACCAAUGGUAAACUUACACCCCUACUUGUGAAUGUACAUGAUUUAAUAAAGAAAAUAUCUAAUUA